UGCUAGGCGAGUCAAUGGGCAUGCCUCAUGCGCGAAGCUUCGAAAACAGAUCUCCGGCCCUCGCUUUCCUCGCCGCUGUGCUUGGAAUACUCGGCAUCAGCGACCUCGUGACCCUUAGCAUGCCCGAAGAAGUCUGGUUGAUUUACCACUGGGGAACACAGGCACCGACACGCAUGGUCAUGUCCUUCGGUUUCGUCCUCUACACCUUCCUCUUCGGCCCUUCGUCCCCCCUUUAUGGCGGAACCUCGAAAGGCGGCAGUCGCUUCGCCCACCCCUCGGUCCAGUCGAACAACCCGCGCUAUACACCUUCAACCUGGGGUGGCGACGGCCUAAAGAAUCGUGUCUUCUUGACCUUUGCCUUCCUCGAGAUGCUGUGCUGGUUCUGGGUCUGGAUGACCCUGCGCGAAGAGCAGGAAGAGUUCCAGCGCAAGAAUCAACACAAGAGGAGGGGAAGUCAAUCGGGUUACAACUAGGCAUCCGCCCAACCACAGGGCGUGAUCGGACGAAUAUGCUUCCGCCCUGUCGGAAGGCCCGGGCCGCUUGCGUGGCCCCUUUAGCAUUGUGUGGAGUUUUGGGAUGGCAGGCGAUACGAAAAAAAGCAUAUCCGGCGUAAUAAUCAUUCAAUGUACGAUAUGACGGUUCUCUAUUUUUGGGCUCCUGAGUUUUCGAGUGAUAGCCUCCUACUCCAGGCGACUUGAAACAAAACAAUGGAUGGGUAUGGAUACAUCAUGAAUGAAAUGAGGC